AUGGCUGACGAAGAGGCUCAGAUAGAAGCCGCGCUCCAAACUCAGGAGCCUGCUGAGACCCCAGACGACGGAUAUUCAGAUACAGGGAGCAUUAGGGAGUACCGCACUAUUCGCGGAAGAACAUUCCAGACUUCCAACACUAUUGAUUAUUGGGCGCCAAAUGACGAGCAGCAAAUCGAGGGCUUUGACAUUACUGAUGUUGCAGAGGAGAAUGAGGACUUUGACGUCAUCGGAAUUGAUAUAUCGCCAAUCCAACCAGGCUGGGUUCCGCCAAACUGUCAAUUCUUCAUUGAUGAUGCUCAGCUUGAUUGGACCUUUAAGCCUGAUGAGUUCGACUUCAUUCACGCCCGAGGUCUCUUUGGCGGCAUCGAUAACUGGCAGAAGCUCUACGACCAGGCCUUCCGGCAUCUGAAGCCUGGUGGCUGGUUCGAGAGCGUCGAGGCCGACAGCCAAGUCCGCUCGCAGAACGAAGAGAUCGAAAAAGACCCCAAGCACGUCUUCAAACAAUGGGCCCCGCUAUUUUGGCAAGCUGGUGACAUUAUUGGCAAGACUUUUCGUGUCGCCCAAGACGAUGGCCAGAACCCCAUCAUCAUGGAAACUUGUAUGAGAAGAGCAGGCUUCGUCGACAUCGUGCACAAGAAGUGGAGGGUCCCUGUCGGACCAUGGGCCAAAGAUCCCUACUUGAAGGAGGUUGGAGAAUACGCGGGCCUGUAUGUCGAUCAAGGACUCGAAGGCUGGGCGCUCAGGCCGCUCAGUGAGAUUCUGGGAUGGACUUACGAGGAGCUCCUUGUCUUCAUUGCUGGGAUGCGCAAGGAAUUGCGAAACAAAAGUGCGAUGCCGUACUUCAACUAUCACAUGGUUUACGGCCGAAAGCCAGAGGCUUGA